GACUCUAUCUCUCUUCCUUCGACCCACUAACCCCCAAAACCGUAACUAGACUCUCUCUCUUCUCCCCUAAUUAUUAUCCGGUCGACGUCGACGAUGGCCGAAGAGACGCAAGCUAAGGCAGCCGAACCGGCCGCCGCCGCAGAGGUCGUCGCCGUCGAAACGGUGGCGGUGGAGAAGGCGGCGGAAGACCCCAAGAAACCAGCGGCGGAGGAACUCGAGAAGCCGGCGGAGGAAACGCCUCCAGCACCCGCGGCGGAGGAGAAGAAGCCCGAGGGCGAGGAGGCCGCUGUCCCCGAAUCCGUAUCCUUCAAAGAGGAGAGUAGCGUCGUCGGCGACCUUCAGGACCCCGAGAAGAAGGCCCUCGACGAGAUCAAGCAGCUCGUCCAGGCCGCCCUCGCCAACAACGAGUUCACCCCUCCCCCACCGCCGCCACCUCCGGCUGCCGCCGCCCCGGCGGAGGAGACCAAGGCGGAGGAGCCCGCCUCGCCUGCCCCGGCCGAGGAGCCCGCCCCAGCAGCAAAGCCGGAGACGGAGGAGCCUCCGAAGCCGGCAGUGGCUGAGGAGCCCGCGGCCUCGGCCAAGGUCGAGACACCACCUCCGCCGCCGGCGGUGGAGGAAAAGGCGGCGGUGGUGGUGGAAAAGGCGGCGGUGGUGGAGGAGGACGGGGCCAAGACGGUAGUGGCGAUCGAGGAGACCGUUGUCGCCGUUGCCGCCCCGGCCACGGAGGAGGUGACUCCGGCCGCGGAGCCGGAAAAGGAGGCCCCUGCUGAAGCGCCAGCGGCGGCGGCGGCGGCGGCGGCUCCGGAGGAGGUUUUCAUCUGGGGCGUCCCCCUGGUCGGCGACGAGAAGAGCGACACCGUCCUGCUGAAGUUCCUCCGCGCGCGGGACUUCAAGGUGAAGGAUGCCAUGGCCAUGAUCAAGAACGCCGUGAUCUGGAGGAAGCAGUUCGGCAUCGACGCCCUCCUCGAGGAGGACCUGGGCCUGCCGGAGUUGGAGAAGGUGGUCUUCAUGCACGGCUACGACAAGGAGGGCCACCCCGUGUGCUACAACGUCUAUGGGGAGUUCCAAAACAAGGAGCUUUAUGACAAGGCCUUCGGCGACGAGGAGAAGCGGCAGAGGUUCCUCAAGUGGAGGAUCCAGUACCUGGAGAAAGGGAUCAGGAGCCAAUUGGACUUCACUCCCGGUGGGAUUUCCUCCAUGGUCCAGGUGACUGAUCUGAGGAACUCGCCGAAGCUGGGGAAGCACCGCCAGGCCACGAAGCAGGCCCUCACCAUGCUCCAAGACAACUAUCCUGAAUUCAUUGCCAAGAAGGUCUUCAUCAAUGUCCCAUGGUGGUACUUGGCUUUCAAUAGGAUGAUCAGCCCCUUCUUCACUCUGAGGACCAAGAGCAAGUUUGUCUUCGCAGGACCAUCUAAAUCAGCAGAGACCCUCUUCAAAUACAUUGCACCCGAGCAGGUCCCAAUUCAAUAUGGAGGCCUAAGCAAGGACAGCGACCCUGAUUUCACCACUUCAGAUGCUGUUACUGAAGUCACCAUCAAGCCUUCAUCCAAGCAAACAGUAGAAAUUCCAGUUGCCGAGACAUGCCUUGUGGUCUGGGAGCUCCGGGUCUUGGGAUGGGAGGUGAGCUAUGGAGCUGAGUUUGUCCCGGAUGCAGAGGAUGGGUACACAGUGAUUGUCCAGAAGACAAGGAAGUUGGCUGCCACUGAUGAUCCUGUGGUGAAGACCUCCUUCAAGGUUGGUGAGCCCGGCAAGGUGGUUCUUAUUGUCGACAACCCUACCUCCAAGAAGAAGAAGCUCCUUUACAGAUCCAAGGCCAAGAGCUCUUCUGGAUCCAUAUGAGAAGCUGCCUGUUUGCCUCAUGAAUUAGAUGGAACGUAAUAAGAGAAAGAAUUGGGAGGGGGUGUUGGGCUUUCUUUAGAGGAGUUAAAAGGUGUUCUUUCUUCUCUGUUAUUUUUAUUGGUUUGUUUAUUCUGGUUAAAUUAUAUUUGUUUAAUUAAGUGAGUUGGUGGUGUUGGUUUGUGAUAUAGCUUAAGAGACAUGGUUUUUUGAGGGAGAGAGUGUGUGAAGAGGAGUCAUGCUGCCUAUUUAUAUCACACUGUAAAUUCUGCUGUAGAAACAUUGGCCUCUGUUGCAUACUUGAAUCUCUGUCAUAUGGGCUUGCAUUGUUGCUGAACUUUUUUCAUAGAAAGCAUGUCCUUCUCUA